AUGGCCCCAGAGAUUCUUCAGGGGCAAAAAUAUGCAAGUGCUUCAGACAUUUAUGGUUUUGGUAUGAUUAUGUGGGAAUGCAUGACAGGUAGAAGACCUUUUUGGGAUCGUGCUCAUGAUACUGAUCUGAUUAUCGAUAUCUGUGAUGGAUUACGUCCGCCAAUAGAUGAUACAGUAGCACCUAAAGAUUAUAUUAAGUUAAUGAAAGUAUGCUGGGAUUCUGAUAUAAGAAAAAGGCCAACGGCUUCAGACAUUAAGAAUAAAGCGAAAUUAAAAUUAACAAAUGUUUGCGAAUUAUUUUCAAGAGAUCUAGACAAAUUGUCAGCUGGUUGUAAGGACAUGGAAACAAUAGAUAUCAUAUUUCGUGCACAUUUACCUAAGAUUCGUUAUGGGGAACCUGUUAUAGUUGGUAGUAUAAAGGAACUUGGUAAUUGGACUGAACCUAAAAUUAAACUUAAACAAUACAAUACUCGUAUUUGGAAAUAUACAUCUUAUUGGUAUUCAGAGCCUAUUCGUAUCCCAAUCGAAAGAUUUAAAGAGGAUAUUAAAUAUAAGUACGCAAUAUAUUUAUACAACUUAAAUUAUGAAGGAUAUGGCGCGAAGGACAAUCGUUUGCUAGGUAUACAUUAUAAUACGUUCGAUAUUUGGAAAAGUCAUCUAGCUUAUAGCAUUAAUCAAGUCACCGAUUAUAUGUUCUUGGAUGUCAUUUAUGAAUCCGUAACGUCAGAAAACAUCAAGGGUAUUAUUUUAGAAUAUGAUCGUAUCCUAAAACAGCAUCACGACUUAACUUUAUCCGUAACGAAUAUUCAAUUUAUUAUCAAUCGUGUAUCGGAUACUAGUAUUGGUAAACGUCUUUUCUUAUGCUUUCUUUUAGGACAUUGUCCUAAUACUUACGGAAGGAUUGAAUUGCCAAGAGAUUUUCAAUCUGUUCCCUUGCUUCAAGCUUUCUUCACGGUACAUUCGAACACAUUACCAACUAAUAGUUGGCAGGUUAUGUUUAAAGGAAUUGAACAUUUAAUUCAUCACAAUAUUAAUAAUGGAUUAUCCGAAUGGCUCAAGAUCUUCACCAUUGCACGAGAAAUUGAUCCUCAAUAUAAGUUCAUCGAUACAAUAACUUUCAAUAAAUGUAAUGAUGACAAAUAUAUCGAAAAUAGUUUUGAAAUCAUAUUGUCGCAUGAAUUUAAUGAAAGUACUCGUAUGAAAAUUAUCAAGUGGUUGAUGAGUCAAUGCAAAAACUUGAAAAUUUUAUCGAUGGUUUGGAAAUCUUCAGAUAAAGUUGACAAGCAAUGUCUGGUAGAAAGGAUUGAAAAAAUUAUGUUUAAAGAUGACCCUGUUGAUUUAUAUAAAAAUUAUUCCGAGCUUCCUGAUGACAUUAGAGAGAUAGUUUCUAGGAAAAGAGUAAAUUUAUUAACUAAAGAUCGUCAUGCUAUUUGGGAUUGUUCCACAUCCCAAUCGACUUUUGAUCUUUUAAAUUCUGUACGCUUACGCUGGUCAAAAGAUGAAUAUAUUGUCGUUUUGGAAAAAUUAUCGGAUUUAGAAGACUAUCAGCUAUUAAGCACAUUUCCAUCAUUACUUAAAAAUUGGAUUGAUAUGUCUAAUGUUAUUAAUGAUAAAAUAGCUAAAAUAUGUAUUAAAUGGUACAAAAAGCUCAUGGAUAGAAUGGAUCAAAUGUCACAUGCACCAUCAAAUACAACGGUUCAUAAAGGAGAAUACGUGACCGCAGUUUUAGAGAAAUUGUCAAACAUCUGUUCAUUAGUUAAUAAACAAUCUAUAUUGGAUGAAUUAAUGGAAAUAACGUUCAAUCAUAUUAAACGAUCUUCAGAAGAAUCAAUAUUUUCUAUCACAACCAAUAUUGUAAAAUUUGGUUCAGUAGCGGUACUUGUAUUUACAAAAGUUAUUAAAGAAAAAAUAGAUUCAAUGGAACUAGUUCGCGGUAAACCUUUAUUAAAGAAAAUGCAAGUUAUUUGUGGUUGUGUUGAUAAAAGUCUGGCGAUUCCAAAUGAACUUUGUGAAACAAUUUUGUUGAACGUCAUGUCACGUUUGCAAAAAAUUUCUUUAAAUACUUAUUCAGAAUUAUCUUUGCCCGAGUCCGCUAAAUUCUGGAUUAUUAUUCUACGAGCGUCUGGUAGUACAAAAAGGUUGCAUUCUCAUCAACUUGUUCGAGAAACUAAAACAACCAUUCUUGAGUUAACUGAAAUGAUGAAAAAAAGUUCUAUUAAUAUCCAACUACUUCAGAAUUUGUUUAAUCUUGAUAAUGAUACCCUUUAUGCUUAUUUAAAUUUUAGUGGUGAAGUCAUUACCAAAGAUAUAUUGGUAAAGGUUCGUCAGAUCUGUGGUGGUUAUGAACAAAGGUUGAAAAAACUUUACGAUUUUUAUAAAAGAUUUUGUCCGUUACAAGAAACCAUAGAUGUGCAAAAUUAUCUUGAUGACCUUCAUAAAGGAAUUGUAUCAAUAGCAGAGAGUACAUAUGAAUUAAAAAAAUCUCAAACAUUUUAUAAUGUUUUUCAACAACGUUUAAAUGAAGAAUCUAAAGAAAAUUCUGAUAUAAAUGUUGAAUUUAUAGCACAAUCGUUAAUGAAAGAUGUUUUAAAGGUAUACACUGCUAGGUGUAAGCAAUAUGAUAAAUGGGAAAAUCUCAAAUGUUUAGAGGAAGUCCCAUUUUGGUGUGAUGUUUCUGAUUUUGAUGAUGAGCUAAAGUUAAUGGAAAAAUAUGGCAAUAUUUGUAUCAAUAAAAACAAACCGUUCAUGGUGACCAUAUGUCAUCUAUCCAGAAAUAGGCAUUGGGAAGAACGUACAGAAAACUUAUCCAAGAUUACUAAGAUUUUCAAAGUCAAAGAUGACUGGUUAAACAAUUUGUUUAAUCACGAAAAUUUAGGUACAUUUAGUAACUCGGUUGAAAUUAUAAAUCAAAAAUUUUCCAAAUUCAAUGAGAACAGUUGGUAUUUUAUCAAAGAAUUGUCACAAUCUGAAGAAUUCUUGAAUUCUUAA